AUGCCACCAAUUCGUACUCAAUCCUCUCGAAAUUCAAUAGAGCAGGAGGGUAGGAUCUUACUAGCUAUCCAGGCUUUUAAGAAUCAAGAAAUCUCUUCAAUUCGUGAAGUGGCGCGCCGUUUUAACGUCCCAAGAUCCACCCUUUCUACCCGCCUGAAUGGUAUACAACACCGCGCGAUUUCUCGCGCCAACUCUCAUAAAUUGACCGAUACUGAAGAGGAAUCUCUUCAGAAAUGGAUGUUCUCUAUGGACGCUCGUGGUUCAGCUCCACGACCUUCAAUGGUGCAAGAAAUGGCGAAUGUUCUGCUUUCGCAUCGCGGAAUCAACCCAUCAUCUACAGUCGGCAAAAAUUGGGUCACUAAUUACAUUAAACGACAUCCCAAUCUAUCCUCGAGAUUCUCCAGACGUUACAAUUACGAACGUGCUAAAUGUGAAGAUCCAAAAAUCAUUGGUGAAUGGUUUACACUUGUUCAAAAAACGAUUCUUCAAUACGGCAUUGACAACGAUGACAUUUAUAACUUCGAUGAGACUGGUUUUGCAAUGGGAUUAACCGCAACUGCUAAAGUCACUACGAGAUCUGAAUACUACGGUCGGCGAUCACUUUAA